CCAAUGAGCUUCACACAAGAGGUUUUGGAAAAGAGGCAUUCAGCUGACACCAAUCAGCACUCAAGCGAAAUAGAAGUCACUAGCUCUGAGAUACAAUCUUCAGGAGGCAGAAAGUCAAGGAAAGCAAAAACAACUGCUGAAUUUAAAAUAAUGGGCAGCAAGGCUAUGAAAACAGAUGGAAAGACGGGAAGAUGGUCAGCCGAAGAGCAUAUAAGGUUCCUCCAAGGACUUAUAAAGCAUGGGAAAAACUGGAAGCUUGUACAGAGGCAUGUGAACAUGACUUUCCAGCCUACUAAUAGUAGUGAGAAAGGUUUACAAAGGUCUGGGCCCCAGAUCAGAAGUCAUGCUCAAAAAUUUUUCAAAAGGAUCCUUCCUAAUUGCUUGAUUGGAGAGACUUCCAUCCAGUGUCUCAUUAGGAACAAUUUUUCAAUAGAUCUGAUCGUUUCAGGAAUUGAGGAUACUCAAGAAAAGGAAGAUCUCAAAGAGAAAUUGGAAGAAAAACUUCAAGAUUUCCCUAAGUGAGACUGAGAUAAUUUUGCACCAAAGAAGGUAAAAACUCAGGGAGUCAUAAAAAGCGAGAACUCAGAUUCAAAAUCAUUUAAAAUAAAAUGUUCUGUAGAAUCGGAAAGUAUAGAUCAACCUAAUGACGUAAUUGAUACCAACUCAAAUGACCAAGGGUUUACGUAUUUCCCAUCAGCAUACAAGAUGGCUACUGUGGAGAAGAGCACACCUCCGACUCAGUGCAACCAAGAUUCCUUUAAAUUUAAAAGAUCUCUUGACUCAUCUAAAAAGUAUAGUACUUCUACUUGAGUCCAGCUUUCCUCAGAAGAUCCAGUGAGAAGCUCUAUAAAAAGAAAACAUUCAGAAAUGGUCAGUCUUGAGAAGCUGGAGAGAGUAGAUGUUUCUGCUUUCCAUAUGCCCACUCCUCUCAGUCAGGAAAAUGCAUCAGGCAAUGACAAGAUGAACAAAAGAGAGGAGAAGCUUCAUAGGAGACAAAGAACUAUGACAGAAACAGUCCAAGAUUUUCAGGGAAGAGUAGGAUUUUGCCCAACAAAGAAAUCUGAGCAAACUCUUUCUUGUAUUGAGAUCCUUAGGAACGAUAAUAUCCCUAAACCACAAAUCAGCAGCGUAUUGUCAAUGCACAAAUUUAGUAUUGACGAGACCGGCUCUGUUAUAUCAGCAAGUGGUAAGAGAGCAAGAGUAAAGUUAUUGAAAGGAAAUAAAGAUUUGAACUCUAACAGCCAUGGACUCAACAGACUCAGACUCCAGACAUUUUAAUUUAGUCUGAAAGAAUUCUCUAUAACUGGGACAGCUCCUCAGAGAUUUUCCCAAAGGAUCUUGCCUGUUGUAAGAGUGUAAUAUUUUAUCAUAAUCUUAUAUCUCACUCGUUAU